AAAAAACGACCUGCCCUGACCCGCAGCGUCGGCGCUGAGCGCAAGCGCAGUCAGCUGCUGGACCUGGCCGGUGUGAAGUUUCACACCCAAGAGGAUGAAGGGCACCUACUUGGCUUAAGAGAACGACUCCCAGAAAAUUAGCCGGGCGUGGUGGCGGGUGCCUGUAAUCCCAGCUACUUGGGAGGCUGAGGCAGGAGAAUCGCUUGACUCCAGGAGGCAGAGGUUGCAGUGACCCCAGAUUACGCCAUUACACUCCAGCCUGGGCGACAAGAGCAGAAAACUGUCAAAAAAAAAAAAAAAAAAAAAAAGUUGUGGAUCUUUCUGAUUCCUGAUCCAAUCUAUUCAGGCUGGGGCCGCCCUGGUGUUUCAAACCCAGCAGUGAGCUUGGACAGACCCAGAGGUGUUUACUCCAGAUCAUGUCUACCGUGAACGAAGCAGCCCACCGGCUGUCCAAAAGUGGGACAAGCCUCUAUGCAGUGCUGGAGCUUAAGAAGGGUGCCUCACCUGAAGACGUCAAAAAAUCCUACAGCCAUUCCCCAUUGCUUCCCCACCCUCCUUUUGGGUAUCGCCUGGGUAGGAAACUGGCCUUGCAGUAUCAUCCCGACAAGAAUCCAGGGAAUGCUCAAGCAGCAGAAAUAUUCAAAGAGAUCAACGCAGCUCAUGCCAUACUGAGCGACUCUAAGAAGCGGAAAAUUUACGACCAGCAUGGCUCAUUGGGAAUAUAUCUGUAUGAUCACUUUGGUGAAGAAGGCGUCAGAUACUAUUUUAUUCUGAAUAGUUGUUGGUUCAAGACACUUGUCAUCCUGUGUACACUGCUCACUUGUUGCUGUUUCUGUUGUUGCUGCUGUUUUUGCUGUGGAACACUUAAACCACCACCUGAGCAGGAUAGUGGGAGAAAAUAUCAGCAGAACGUCCAGAGUCAGCCUCCAAGGUCAGGAGCCAAAGGUGAUUUUAGAAGAGAGGAAAAUAGCGAAGAUGAUUUUUAAGAGAUGAAGAAGGAUGAGGUGCUGACCCAGUGAGAGUGCCUUCUGCUGCCCAGUCCCCUGGACACAUUGAAGAGAGGAGCAAGUAGCCCUGUCCUGACAUUGACCCUGAUUUGACCCCUCUUCUUUUAAGAAUCUCAAGAAUCUCUUCAGAAGCAUUGAUGACAUUGGUCCCAGUAAGGACAUCACCUCUGCCCUUGGUACCACAACUGUGUAUAGGCUUGCCCAGCUACUCUUCUUUUUAGUUGCAGUACCAAUUUUACUCCAUCAGAAAGCCGCCCUCCCCUGCCUUCCCUUAUGAGGUCUCAGGCAGUGGUGGCAGAUUUUUCCUGAAGAGACUUUUUCCUGUGCCUGCCUUGUUAUCGGAACCAGUGCCAGCUGGUAGGGUCCCUGAGCCUCUUGCGAUAUCACCACCAAGAGCCUGAUAACUGAGCAGGGCGGAUCCUGUCCCUGGAGCUGCUGCACCAGUUAACUCUCCCUUGUUGCAACUCUGUGUACCAAGUACCCCUAGCAUCAGCCUCAUUCCUAAGCUAAUAAUGCCUUUAUGGAGCUGGUCUCACCUUCUGGUGCCCACGGCCGUUGGCAUUGCCAGCCUCAUUCCAUGCCACUAUGAGUCAGCUCAGGAAAAUUGUGAGUGCAUUUGAGGCUUAGGGGUAGUCAUUCCAUCUUUAGAUUCUCCUUGGACUUCAGCUACCAGAACAGCAUGCAUUAGCCUUGGUCCUGUGGGUUAACUGAAGUUCAAACAUCAGUGCCAGCUUGCCUCCAUCCUUUUCACAUCUUAUGCAGGCCAAUUGACAUGUAAUUUAUUCUCAAAAAUAGGGGCAUGAAAUAUGUGAUCCAGAGAAGAUUGCACUUUCUGGACUCUUUUCCCUCUCUUGCCUCUUUGUGCUGCUGUUUUGUAUCCUCCUCACACCGUGUAUUUCCUACCCACUCAGGGUCACUACCUACUAACUCCUCAGACUUCUCUUCCUGGACUGGGAGAAGGGCUAAAGAAUGGCAGUAAAUAAAAGAGCUUUUGUCCAAUUCCAAGGCAUAUUUUGGACCCAGAAAAGACAAAUUGUGUCUGGGGUGGAGAAAAAAGGCCUAAAGAAA